UCCGUCUGAAGAGCACAGAGCACGUACAGGAAGCAAAGACUUUGUUACCUCGAUUCAUUUUGUAGACAUUCCAAAACAGUCUCUACUUUGAACGACCUUGACCCGCCGGCUCGGAGCAUUUGUCUUUACCGAGAUACGCACGAAUACCUCGCAAACGAUUCAAACACCUACCAAGAAAGCUCGAUCGGAAUCAUCGCCUGUUCAAAACAAACCCAGUGCCUUACCUCACACUAUGGCGACCGAACAAGAAGCUCCUUCCACCGACCUCAUCACUCUCACCCGUCACAUUCUCGCCCAACAACAAGCUUUGGGCGAGAAGGCCUCGGGGGAGUUGACCCUGCUCCUGAUUGGUAUCCAGGUCACCUCGAAAUACAUUGCCUCCCAGGUCCGAAAGGCCAGGUUGAUCAACUUGGUCGGUCUGGCCGGAGACUCCAAUGCCAGUGGAGAGGAGCAGAAAAAAUUGGAUGUCUUGUCCAAUGAUAUCAUGGUGAACGCUCUGAGGGCAUCAGGGCAGUGCAGCGUCAUGGUGUCUGAGGAAGUGGAAGAUGCCAUCGUUGUUACUGGCAGAAGCAAAGGCACAUACUGUGUCGUUUUUGAUCCUCUUGAUGGAUCGAGCAAUAUCGAUGCUGGUGUCAAUGUAGGAACGAUCUUUGGUAUUUACAAAGUGGCGCCGGGGUCAAAAGGCAGCGUCGAAGACGUGCUUCGCCCAGGAAAGGAAAUGGUCGCUGCGGGAUACACCAUGUACGGUUCAUCCUGCAACUUGGUCUUGACAACUGGUCAAGGCGUCGACGGAUUCACGCUGGAUGAGUCACUCGGAGAGUUCAUCUUGACCCAUCCCAACAUCAAGAUCCCUUCCCGAGGCAAGAUUUACUCGUUCAACGAAGGCAACAGCUUGUUCUUCCACGAGCCGACCCUCAAAUACCUCGAGUCGAUCAAGUACCCCAAAAACAAUAAGCCUUAUUCCGCUAGAUACAUUGGCUCCAUGGUUGCAGACGUUCACAGGACGUUGCUGUACGGUGGGAUCUUUGGAUAUCCAGGGGACAAGAAGAACAAGGAUGGCAAGCUGAGAAUGCUCUACGAAUCGUUCCCAAUGGCGUUCUUGACGGAACAGGCAGGAGGUGUUGCCACCACAGGUUCCCGCCGAAUCCUCGACGUCUCUCCAACGCACAUCCACGGUCGAUGUCCCGUCUUUCUUGGCAGUAAGGAGGAUGUCGAGGAUCUGCAAAAGUUUUACAACGCAUGGGAAGGCGAGAACGGUGAAAAGGUCUGGUGAUAUGUACUCUAGAGGGGGACCGGUUUGUCAC